GAUGUGGGCAUGGCCUUGUUGCUCAGCAUCUGAGGAGCCACAAAGAAACUGCUACCAUUUCCAGGAUCUACUUGUACCUCAAGGAGUGCAGCUGGGAGCCUGAGAAGAAGAACAAAGAGGGCACUGACUGGAUUUGGAUACCAAAUAAAAGGGGAAGUGGAGAAUGGGUCAGCCCGCUGAGCUGUGUUCUUCAUGAUAAGAAGCUGCUGGACUUCUUCUCAUCAGUUUUCAGCGUGAGGCAUGGCCCUGGUGCCGAAGACCAUUGCAAGCUCUGGAGCGCAUGGGAGAGCUCCGGCGGUGAGAUAUCCGUAACCAAUUGCUCUGCCUUCUGGCAAUUCAUCGCAAGGAACUGGAGCAAGAACACGGAGAAGCUUCUAUCUGGCUGCGUGAAGGUCCCGGUUUGCACUGAUGGGAUGAUCAUUUUGUCGCCGAUGGAGGACGCGUUCAUUCCCGAUGAUCUGCUACUCAAGGAUCUGUUCGACAGUCUUCCUCGACAAUCCAUUUUCAUAUGGUAUCCUCCUUCGGUCUCUCGGGCAAGGCUUAACAAUAUAUAUGGCAGCAUUGCUGUUCAGGCAGUAUCCAAAGCUGCCCAGAAGAGGGAUUCUUUUGUCACCUUGGGCCAAGAUGGCGGUUGCAAAACAGUUGUUGGCCAGCGUGAGGUGAUCAGUGCCGGUCUGCUCCAGAUAGUCCUUGCUUUCCUUGCUGAUCCAGCUCUUGACAUUGCUUCCAAAGAACGGCACACCAUGGUCUCUCACCUGCUGAAUGUGAGCGUCCUGGAGACCACGAAGCCGAUCACGGUGGGGUACCGCGUGAAGCUGUCCUCUGGAGAGGCUGUGGACGUGGAGGCCAGCCGGAUGAUCAGGUGGGAGAGGGAGAACUCGAAGCUGUAUGUGCAGCGAGGCGAUGGUGCUGGUGCAGCAGCUGGUUACAAAGAGAAGAUCGAGUUUGCGACGAACUUUGCUGACGAGGUAGCCCGAGGACUGCUCUUCGAGACGCCGGACCGCAUCCCUUCGCUUGCUGAACUCGUGAAGGUCGGCAGCCUGUUGGACUUCCAGGACGAUGCUGUCAAGUACCUGCUGAAGUCCAAGAAUCUGCAGCUGUUCCCUGAAGACGAGGCGUUCCUUAACGCUGCAUCACUAGGUGGCAGCAAGAAAUGCUAGGGGUCUUCGGAUUUCGGAUGCUCCGUCGCGUUCCUCCGUGCAGAAUAAAUGGCUGUUGAUGGUCGCAGUGGCAGGGAGCUUUGGUGGUGCCGCGUAUCUCAAGGCAAUUUGUUGCUUUCAGUUCAACACUAAACUAGCUGCUGUUUUGCUUGUUUUCCUAAUAACUUGUGUGGAUCUCUGUCCUGUGGGCCAGAAUCUGUUUAAUUAAGUGUGGAGACUUCUUAAUGCUGUUGGAACUGAUACUAGUCUUUGGUGUCUGGGAUGAAUGCUGCAUGCACAGUCCUUGUUGGUUAAAUAUAAGGGAAUUUGUG